AUGAAGGACGCCAGCAAUCCCACCUUCCCCGCGCCUUUGAUGGCAGCGUGGAACACAGAUUCUCAAGUUCACCUAAUUGUCGGCUCCAAUUCUCUUGCCGGCGCGCGAUGUGCGAAAAGUAUCGAGGUCGGCGCAAAGCCCAUUAUCCUUGCGCCGGAAACCGCGGACAUGCAUUUUACCCUUUCUGAGCACAUUGCGCGCGGCUCUGCCCAGUGGGUCAGCCAUGAAUUUCAAGAUGCGGACUUGACCACGCUGGGUAGAGAGGAAGUGGACCAUGUGGUGGACUUGGUGUUUGUCACAUUGGGUGCCAGCAACCCACUGAGCGCGCAUAUCUCGAAGCUCUGCAAGCGACUCAGAAUCCCGGUCAAUGUGUCGGAUGCCCCCGAGCUCUGCUCCUUCACUCUCCUCUCCACCUACUCGGAUGGCCCUCUACACAUAGGUAUCACAACGUCCGGCCGAGGAUGCAAGCUUGCUUCCCGUUUGCGCCGAGAGAUUGGCGCAUUCUUACCGCAAAACCUCGGAAGUGCCAUUGACAGACUUGGUUCUGUACGGAGGCGGUUAUGGGAAGAAGAUGAAGCGGCUGGUUCAGGCGAGGUCGCAUUCGACGCAGAGGACGACGACACAACGGGCCAGAAGCACACCUUCAACAACCUCGUCACAGAAGGCGAUGCCGCCGCCGCGAAGACAAGGAGAGUGCGCUGGUUAUCCCAGAUCUGUGAAUACUGGCCUCUUCGAAAACUUGUGUCUAUCACCGAUGCGGACAUCGAAACAAUUCUCAAUGCCUACACCGCAAGCAAUACCCCUGUGGCCAACACAAACGGCAUCGAAACAGUCUCCAAGAAGGGCAAGAUUGUGCUCGCAGGUUCUGGCCCCGGUCACCCAGAUCUCCUCACUCGCGCCACUUACCACGCAAUUCACAACGCCGACCUCAUCCUCGCAGACAAACUUGUCCCCGCCCCGGUUCUUGAUCUCAUUCCCCGCCGCACAGAAGUCCACAUCGCCCGCAAAUUCCCCGGAAACGCAGAUCAGGCACAGGAGGAAUUCCUCCAAAUGGGUCUUGCGGCCCUCAAACAAGGCCGCCAAGUCUUGCGACUCAAACAAGGCGAUCCAUACCUCUACGGACGCGGCGCCGAAGAGUUCGAGUUCUUCCGCAAUGAGGGCUACUCCCCAGUGGUGCUACCGGGCAUCACCAGCGCGAUGAGCGCGUCCCUUUUCGCCGACAUCCCCGCGACCCACCGUGGUGUCUCCGACCAAGUCCUCAUCUGCACCGGUACCGGCAGAAAGGGCGCUGCCCCGAACCCCCUACCUACGUCCCCACCCAAACGACUCUCCGCCCUGAUCGAUUCCCUCACCUCUUUCCCUGAAGGUGGUGAGCAAUCCCGUGCUCUGUGGCCCAAGGAAACACCCUGCGCGAUCGUUGAGCGCGCUUCGUGUCCUGACCAGCGAGUUAUCCGUUCGACUUUGGAACAUGUCUGUCUUGCCUUUGAAGAGGCGGGAUCCCGACCACCUGGUUUACUCGUUGUUGGAGCUAGCUGUCAUGUUUUGCAUAAUCCCCAGGGCCAGAAGUGGGCGAUUGAGGAAGGAUUCCAUGCCUUGGAUGGAUUGCAUGGUGAAUUGGAGGUGGUUGCCGACUUGGCGGAAGAGAAGGCGUGA